UCUCAUGAACAUCUUGUGGACCGCGCAGUAGCCUAGUCACAUAUGAUGCUCGUACUGCUAGCCAAGCCUGUUGCCUCCACGGUGUGGUUAUCCACCUACCGUUGUCAGUGGUCCCAGGAUUUGAGGGGAUGCGCCCCCGCCGUCCUCCUAUUGUAUUUCGCUUGAUCAAACUGUAUGGCUCCCCGGGGCAGCAGUGUAGAGCCCCGUCGGAUUGAACAUGGAGCUCAUGUGACAUUCUGGUUCGGAACUGGCCAUAUGUGCGCGCGGCUUGUGUGACUGGAGUGGUGACACAGCCGCCUUUUGGGAUUCAGUUGACUGGGAUACGCGGACUACUCGGAAGGACCGACGCACCUUGUGUAAUAGAGAACCAUGAGCACUGUGGAGGAGGACUCGGACCACAUGAUACCAUGAAGAGAAGCCUGCAGGUCCUGCGCCGCCAGCUGCUGAGUGUUCUAGCGAUCCUGGCUGUGGGAGUGGUGUCCUCUACCCAGGAGCUGUACCCCAGCCGGACCCCCCAGGACCCUGUCUCCAUGGCAGCGCCCCACAGCAGCCCCCCUAACGCGCUCCUGCCCCUCCCAGACUGGCAGCAGGAGGACUCCAGCAGCGGGGACCCUUGGUCCCCCCAGGGAGGGGCGCUGCCCACAGGCAUCAUCCAGCCCACCACAGCCCUCAGCUCCUGGGGCUGGCAUCUAACCCACCACACCAGCCUGGCACACACUGUGACACCACUCAGUAAAGACAGCCUCAUUCAUGCUGCAGCUACUUUCAGUCCUAACACUGUGAACUCUGUGAGAGUAAACCAAGACCCUGGCCCUAGCUCUGUCAGCCCCAGCCCAGUCAAGCAGGCCCAUUCCCCCAGCUCUGGUGCGCUCAACCCGGGCCACAGCUCCAAUUCUCUCAGUGCAGACCAGGGCCUCUUGCCCAACUUGGUCAAUCAAGCCCAUAGCCCAGAUACUGUUAAUGUUAACCAGGGCAACAGCCCUCCUAGCCCUCCCAGCUCUGCUGGCCCACAGAGUGAGGUGGCUCCAGCUGCAGUGGAGGGGGCUCCAGAUUCUGGGUCUGCCCUGGCUCCUCCUUUGCCCAGCCCGCUCACAGAGAGAGGGGAUACUCUGGGCCCGGAGCUUGUUGGUCCCCCGGUCCCCACACACACCCAGGAGCCCCAGGAGAGGAAUGUCGAGGAGCCCACAGACCCCAGUCAGCAGGACUUCACCACUGAGCUGCAGCCUUUCUCACUCUCCUCCUCCUCUUCCUCAGUGGAUGCUGCUCUAGAUCAGACCCUCAGGGAGCAUGUUGAAGCCACGCCCGAGCUGUCCCGACCCCACGCCAUCACCAUACGGGAGGUGCACCCCCUGGUCAACGAAGACCCCACCCUGGAGCUGAAAACAGAUGGCAAUGUCACUUUUCAUAGCGGCAGUGUGGAGGGCAUCCCUGGCGAGGACCCCUCCUCCCAGUGGAACAGCUCGUCCGCUACGGAGCCCCCCUCCACGGCCAGUGGGAACUUCCUGAACCGACUGGUCCCCGCCACCACUGCGGACCCCUGGGGUCCUGGUAAUGGAUCCGUCCCCGCUCUGGACUCACCGCUGUCCCACACCACCAUCUGCCUGAGCAAGAUAGACAUUGUGUGGAUCGUGUUGGCCAUCAGUGUGCCUGUGUCCUCGUGCUCUGUGCUGCUGACCGUGUGCUGUAUGAGGAGGAAGAAGAAGUCUUCAAGUCAGGAGAACAACCUGAGCUACUGGAACAAUGCCAUCACCAUGGACUACUUCAACAGGCACGCCGUGGAGCUGCCCCGGGAAAUCACAUCCCUCGACAAUGCUGAGGAGCAGGAGAUGUGUCUACCCCCUAACGGGGACUACAGCGACAGCGGGGUGGUGCUGGUUAACCCUUUCUGCCAGGAGACCCUGUUCAUCAACAGAGAGAAGUCCUGCGCCAUCUAGAGAUGAGGGAGGCUGGUCUUGUGGCCAUGUCCUGAAACCACCAAUACAAGACUGUCAAAAAUAAAGGUCUGACUUUCAAAAUAAAAGUCCCCCGCCAUGGCUUUCUCCCUUUUCUCCCUCCGCUGUCGUUUUUAUAUACGUGGUAAAUCUUCAGAGACUCCCACUUUAUACUGUACAUUAUGAAUACAUAGACAACACUAAAGGAAGAGUUAAAAACAGACACUAUUUACUAUGAAGGUGCGUCUACAUAUUUUUGUGAUGUAAAUUUUCUACAAAUGCUUAAUUGUGAUAAGGGUUUUUAUGUCUUUAUAAACUACGGAGUAUGUGUGAUUUCAGUUUUGUUACAGUGGCUUGAUGGUGAGAACAUUGUGGACGUGGCCACUUGAAUUCUGCUUUAGAGAGAAGAUAUUCUGUAAGAAUGUUAUGUUUCAUUUUCUUUUUAAUCAAACCCCAAAUAUUUAGCAAAAAGCCUGUUCAACUUGAAUUCUGUACCUACGAGAUUUAGGACAAUGUUUGUGAGAUCAGGUUUUAGUAGAGGCAAUGGAGGGGUUAUCAUUUGAACUGCCUCGAUAGCAGGGGGACCUGCAACAGUAGUGUAGGCAAGGGACAAUGCCCAAGAGGUAUAGUGUUGUAUCUGUAUAUACCAAAUGGAAUUGACUUUUAUAAUGGCUUUUCCCCUCGCGUGUCACCAGCCUGUGUGUGUGUGUGUGUGUGUGUGUGUGUGUGUGUGUGCACUUGGGUGUGACUGUCUGUCUGUCUCUCU